AUGGACCAGUCGUUCGACCUCCCAGACUCCACCGAUUGGUUGGAAACGCCACUUUCACUACUUGCGCCGUUCGAAUCCUCAUUACGAUGUCAGGUGUGCAAGGACUUCUUCGAUAACCCCGUCAUUACUUCCUGCAGUCAUACGUUCUGCUCGUUGUGUAUUCGCCGUUGCCUCAGCACCGAAGGCAAGUGUCCAGCGUGUCGGAGCUCCGACCAGGAGCUCAAAUUGCGUCGCAAUUGGGCAGUGCAGGAACUCGUCGACGCGUUUAAAUUGGCACGGCCUAGUGUACUCGAUCUCGCGAGGAGCGAAAACACGCGCCUUGCUAGGGGAGAGGAAGAGAUAGAGAAGCCGACCCAAAAGAAGCGGAAGGUCAAUCAGGUGGAAGAAGAGGAGCUACAGGUCCUAGAAACAAAUUCACAAGGCCGACGGACUCGCUCUCAAAGAUCCAUAGAUAUCUCUGCACGGGAACGAACUGUUCCUCAGAUCGUACCCGAGGUCAUCGAGGACAGUCAGGACGAUGAAGAAUAUAUGCCCGAAGAUGGGUUGGUCGCAUGCCCAAUAUGCUUUCGCAAAAUGAAGGAAGAGGCAGUGUUUCCACACCUAAACAUACACCAGCAGGAAGAAGAAGCGCCUAAGAAGACCCCUACAAAGCCGGCAUCUUUCGGGUCAUUAAAAGGCGCACCACAAAGAGGCCUCGCCCCCCCCGGCAAACAGCCCGAGCGGCUUCCGGCUAUAAACUACUCCAUAUUAAAGGAUAACGCAUUGCGGAAGAAGCUCCGAGACCUCGGAAUCCCGGACUGGGGCCAGAAACAACUGUUGCAGAGACGUCAUACGGAGUGGAUGAACUUGUGGAAUGCAAACUGCGACUCCAAACACCCCAAGUCUAAGCGGAUCUUGCUCCAGGAACUGGACAUUUGGGAACGCACUCAGGGUGGGCAUGCGACAGCGCCGUCGCCAUUCACCACUUCCAGUAAUGUGAUGCGCAAGGACUUCGAUGCCAGUGAGUGGUCAAACAAUCACGAUGACGAUUUCAAGCGUUUGAUUGCAAAUGCGCGUAAAAAGCGUGAGGCCAAGGCACGACAGACUAUACCUGGAGGAUCUCCGUCUUCAUCUGGACAGAAGGAAACACAAUCCCAGCAGGGUGCUGGAUUACCGGUGAAUGGUGCACGCGUUGAGCUCGGCCCAGACACCGAUGGCAAUCAUGUUGUUGACCUAUCAGGGUGA